UGUAUCUCCGGGUAAUUAGUCUAUAUCCGGGCAAUUGUUAGUGUUUACUUGACUGAUGUUAGCACGAGCCUUGAAGGAGCACAAUACGAAACAAGCAGAGCUGAAGACUCUACAGGAGAAACGGCGGAAGGAAGCUGUUGCAGCAGCAGAUUCAGUAGCCAGAGAGCUUGUCGACUCUCUAAAUAUUGGAGUUGAGAAGGCUUAUCAGAAUCAGAAGAAACUCGACUCGGAAGCGAAGUGCCUUCAAAUGCACGCUUCUCGAUUUAUUAGACAAGCACAACAGUGGCUGGCAAUGGUGGAAGGAUUUAACCAGGCUCUGAAGGAAUUGGGUGAUGUUGAAAAUUGGGCAAGAACGAUCGAGUCUGACAUGAGAGACAUAGCAGCAGGACUCGAGCAUGCAUACAAAGGUGAAGUAUCAAGCACAACACUUGAAUCCGACUCACUCUCGUCACAGACGUCUCUCAAACACCAGAAAGAAUUCUUAUAGACAACACGUACAAAACACAAUACCAUAGCUGUACUAUUGUCCAUUUGUAAAUGCUCUGAACAGCAGCAACUCGUUUGUUUUCCUUAACAUCACAA